GGCGCGAUAACUGAUAAUCAACCGCCAUCUUGUUUGUUGUUGUUGGCUGGCGGUUCAGUCAUGGCGAUGCAUGCUAAAGCGACUCCCCCGCAAAUUCCCGACACCCGCCGUGAGCUCUCGGAGCUCGUCAAAAGGAAGCAAGAGCUCGCGGAGACGCUGGUGAACCUGGAGAGACAGAUCUAUGCUUUCGAAGGUAGCUACCUGGAGGACACGCAAAUGUACGGGAACAUCAUCAGAGGAUGGGACCGCUACCUGACCAACCAGAAAAACUCCAACAGUAAGACCGACAGAAGGAACCGGAAGUUCAAGGAGGCCGAGCGGCUCUUCAGUAAAUCCUCCGUAACCUCAGUAGCAGCCGUGUGCGCUCUCGGCGGCGUCCCCGAUCACAUGAAUGAGAAACGCGAGGCAGGCAGCGGCACAGAGAGCGACGCGUCUCCGGACCUUCAGAACCAGGAGAACGAGCCGGGUCAGGAGGAGGCGGAGGACGCGGACGGAGCACUGCAAGACCUGAAGCCUCAGAAAGCCGCCUCGUCCUCCAGCUCCACCAACGCCAGCCACCACAGCAGCCACAAGAAACGCAAGAACAAGAACCGACACAGAUUUGACAUGAAGAUGAACAAAAAGCCCAGAGCGGAUUAUUCAGCCUGAUGAUGAAGCUGGAGUGUAUUCGACCCGGACUAUAGUUUCAUCCACCGUCUCACAUUCACCCCCUUUAUAGAUCCCUACUUAUAAGCUCAUCCUCCUCCUCGUCUCCGUUUGGUUUCACACAUCAUCAUGGAUGCCCCACACCAUCCUGUUUUGCAUGUGAAACACCACCCAACGCACCCCAUCCCCCCACGGCUCCCCGUGUCGUUUUUUUUUUUUGUGUCUCAUGGUGCAUGUGAUACGGGACGCGUUUUUAUCUGAUGUAUUUCCAUCACGUCGGAUUUCUCCGUAUUUAUGACGCUUCUCUUCAACUUUUUUACUGUGUAAAUUUUUUUAGUAAUUUUUUUUUUUUUUUGUAAAUGAACAAAAAAGGAGAACAGUGUCGUCAUUGUUGGUUUUUACUCUGUGGAAAAAAAAGUAAUAAAAAAAUGAAGACAAA